ACGCCCCCGCCCGGGCCGGCCUCGCCUCCUCGGCGGUGGCUUCCGCCCCUCGUAGCUGCGCUCCCGGAGGAAACGGAAGAAGGUGUAAGCCAUGGAGGGGAACCGGGAUGAGGCGGAGAAAUGUGUCGAAAUAGCCCGGGAGGCCCUGAACGCCGGUAAUCGCGAGAAGGCCCAGCGUUUCCUGCAGAAGGCCGAGAAGCUCUAUCCACUGCCGUCGGCCCGCGCACUAUUGGAAAUAAUUAUGAAAAAUGGAAGCACAGCUGGAAAUAGCCCUCAUUGCAGAAAACCAUCAGGUAGUGGUGAUCAAAGCAAGCCUAAUUGCACAAAAGACGGCACAUCUGGUGGUGGUGAAAGUGGAAAAGGCUACACCAAAGACCAAGUAGAUGGAGUUCUCAGCAUAAACAAAUGUAAAAAUUACUAUGAAGUACUUGGAGUUACCAAAGAUGCUGGUGAUGAAGAUUUGAAAAAAGCUUAUAGAAAGCUUGCUUUGAAGUUUCAUCCAGACAAAAACCAUGCACCUGGAGCAACAGAUGCUUUUAAAAAGAUUGGAAACGCUUAUGCUGUUUUAAGCAAUCCAGAAAAACGAAAACAGUAUGACCUCACAGGCAAUGAAGAACAAGCAUGUAAUCACCAAAACAAUGGUAGAUUUAAUUUCCAUAGAGGUUGUGAAGCUGAUAUAACUCCAGAAGACUUGUUUAAUAUAUUCUUUGGUGGUGGAUUUCCUUCAGGUAGUGUGCAUUCAUUUUCAAAUGGACGAGCUGGUUAUAGCCAUCAACAUCAACAUCGACACAGUGGACACGAAAGAGAAGAAGAAAGAGGAGAUGGAGGUUUUUCUGUGUUCAUCCAGCUGAUGCCCAUCAUUGUAUUGAUCCUCGUGUCAUUGCUAAGCCAGCUGAUGGUCUCUAAUCCUCCUUAUUCCUUAUAUCCUAGAUCUGGAUCAGGGCAGACUAUUAAAAUGCAGACAGAAAACUUGGGUGUCGUUUAUUAUGUCAACAAGGACUUUAAAAAUGAAUAUAAAGGAAUAUUAUUACAAAAGGUAGAAAAGAGUGUGGAAGAAGAUUAUGUGACUAACAUUCGAAAUAACUGCUGGAAAGAAAGACAACAGAAAACAGAUAUGCAAUAUGCAGCAAAAGUAUAUCGUGAUGAUCGACUCCGAAGGAAGGCGGAUGCCUUGAGCAUGGACAACUGUAAAGAACUGGAGCGGCUGACCAGUAUUUAUAAAGGAGGAUGAACUGGAAUUUUAUUUAUAUCUUUUAGCAUACUCUUUAUUUUUCCUGUGAGUUUAGUUUUAUCAUGACAGCUAAAGAAAAAAAUAUUGAUGUUAAAAACUAAACUGCAUUGUUGGUCCCUGAAAUCUUGGACUGUUUAUGACCUACUGACUCCUUUAAAUAAUAAGAAACUGAAAACUAAAAAUAAUAUUAUAGUUAUGCUUCUGCAAUUAUUUUCACUUUAAAAGCUUAUAUGAUUACUAAAAAUGUCUCGAGAAAGAAUUAUCACAUCUGUAGCAGUUUCCAGUUUUAGUGAUUUUCCAUUUUUUCCCUUGUCAUGUAAAUACUCAUGGAAUGAUCUUUUUGUGUAUGUUCAGUUAUUGCCUUUUAAUUCUUUUAGUGUUUAGCUCCAUGAGACACUUCAGUUUAAGUCUAUGGAAUAAAUGUUCUAUGACAAAAUUAUAUUUUCCUUGUCAGAUGUCAAAUGUGUGGAGUUUAAAACAAUGAAACUUUCAAAAAGAAAAAUACAAAAGCUGUUUAACUUUGUUUAAAGUCUUGUAGCAUUAUCAGCUUAGAGGGAAUUGAUAUUUUUAAUAUUGCCAUUAUAUUCCAAAAUAUAUAUCAAGAUAAAUGAACUGGUGUAGAAUAUCAGUUUGCUAUUUAUUUAGUUUUAUGAAUUGCUAAGCCAUGUGUAGAAAUGAAAUACUAUACUGAUAAGUUUUAAAGAAAAUGUGAGGAAAUGGCUAUAUAGAUAUUAAAGUCUUCAACAGUAAAUUAUAGUAAAUUUGCAAUCCCGAUAAUUAAAGGGCCCCCAAAUGUUCAUACAUAUCUAUCUUUGAAGACUGAUAAGAUUUAUGGAAAAAAGGAUCUACCUGUUUUUUCCCCAUGGAAAUUUGCUGUUUCUUCUUAGUGAUCAUUUAAGCAGGAUGCAAAAGUAAAUGAGUUCUUAUUACUUAUUACAAAUAAGUGAUAAGAAAAAUUACCACUUUGCUAUGUGCCUUUUAACCUGAUUGCCAAUUCUUAAACAUAUAAAUAGAUUACAGUACACUUAUUUGAUCAGAGCACGAUCUGUUUGGCCAUAUGCAACAGUGAGCCAGAAAUAUAGCAGCAGAUAGAAUAGUAAUUUAUAGCAAGAUAUCCUGACAAAAUUCUGAGCUCAAAUCUAUUCACCAUUGAAUAAUUCAAUUAAUCCUAUAGGAAUAAGCUCUUUAUAGUUAAAUGCAUAAUAUAAAUUUGAAAAAUCAGCCAGAAAUUGAAGUUUUUGGUGCCUGUAUAUUGGGUAUGCAAUUAUUUAAUUUCUAAUUUCCUAUGUUUCACAAUUCUAAUAUUUUAAUGAUUUUGCUUUAUACUCAGUUAAUGGAACAUGAACACAUUUUUGGUAGUUUUUUUGUGUUUGAGAGAAUGCUAUUGAGAGUGUCAGUAUUUUGUUUAAAGAUAUUUUUCUAAAUGUAGUUAAUUUACAGCAUCUGUUGAAACUUUUAAAAUGACUAAUCUUUUUUAAAUGUUCUCUUAUAUCCCCUUUCCAGAUGAGUCAAUAGGAAUACUUGAGUGAAUCAGUAGGUUAAACUAAACAACAUAUUAUUCUAGGAAAAGCAGACAGCUAAGCUUAACCAACUUUCUUUUAGAAAUGCUACCUUUAAAAAAUAGCAGUGCUUAAAAGAAAAUACAAUUUUAAAUAUUUUCUUGAGCCUGUAGAAUAAAUUGUUUAAAAAAGGUAAUAGCAUUCUAAUUAACUUUGGAAGUUCAUAUGCAUCAGAAAACUUAAAAAAUUGAAAUGAAAAAUUUCAUCCAUUUAUUUUUCCAUUUUAAUGGGAAAUUUACACAAUUGUGAUUGAUGCUUCUGUGAAUUGAACUCUUGUUGACUGAUUCUUUUUCCCUUAAUCCUGGCUUUAAGGAGAUAGAUAAAGUUAUCAAAUUAAGUGAAGUUAUUUAUUAUGAAGUCAUACAUGGCUUUUGGACAGUGUUAUAUCAUUCCACUUCAUGAAAUAUUUGGGGAAAUGUGUUUGAUAAAAUAAAAUUUUCAAACACAUGUGGGAAACGACUGAGUGCCUGACAACUUAAGCUGCAUAUAGAGUAUGCAAAUAAGAUUAAGUUCUUAAUGUCACCUAUAUCAUGGUGUAAAGGCCCAACCAAAUGUGUUAGAAUUUUGGGUUAUUACCUACAAAGUAAGGAGACUUUAGCUAUAUUGAAAUGUAAGAUUUUCAUGUUUGCCCCUCUUAAAAAUACCAACAUUUUCUUAUUUUUAGCUACAUGAGCUUUACAAUUUUAUUCGAAAACUUGUACUGUUCAUUUUAAUGAUUGCCCUCACUCUAAGUAUUGCUUUGCUAGCUUCUCUUACUGGCAUUUUAGAAGUUUGGCAGCGAUUAUAUUUAUUAAUGCUUUACAUUUUUAUCCCUUUUUACAUAUAUACACAAACAUCAUUGUCUUUGUAAGGAUUUGGGGGGAAAAUAAAUAAUACCUUUUCUUCUGCUUUUUUGAUUCCUUGGUUUCCAAAUAGACUGGUGCUAGUAAGUUUCAGAAGUAAUUUUGAUCAAAUCGGGGAAUUUGUAAGUUUCAGAUUUUAUUUUUAUCAAAUCUGAGAAUUCUCAACAAUGGGGAAUUUCAAAUUAUAGUUCAUCUAAUAAGUGAAAACACUAUGUUUUGGAAACAUUGCAUUUCAUUGUUUAAAUUAGUAUUUCUUUUAUAAUUAUUACAUGCUUAUUUAUGAUUUACAGAGAUUUGAUACAGAAAAGAAAGUCCUUAAGGCAUAUAUAUAUGCCAGUGCAUUAAGCCAGUCUGCUUCUGUGUCAAAUCAGGCAUUCACAGAAACAGUAAUGUGAAAUUCCAGUCCUUUAUUUAAUUGCACUUUUAUGCUUAAAUUUUCUUCCUGUUAAAUCUUCUAUUACACUAGUAUGUAAAAUAGUUACCAAGAGAAAUGAUUGACAUGUUCAGUUCCCUUUGUGGAUUUGCAAUAUUUAAAAUGUAGCUAUUAUUUAACUAAUGUGGCAUAUUAGUAUUACUUAAUAGUGUAUUCCUUCAUAUUCAUAAAAAAAUAAAUCUCCACCUGAAGAUAUUCAGGCAGUGAAAUAUUUCUUGAUGUUGGCCUGAGGACCAAAUGAGCCAUCUUUCCAGUCGAGUAAGUAUUACAUCAAAGGACCAAAUGGUUCAAAUGGAGAAUUUGUGCAUUUAUUUAGCUUCCCCAUAUGAAGCUUGGGUUUAGUACUACCCAUAUUACUACUGUCUUUAUACUGAGCUAAGCAAACUAAAAGGGCAUUCAUAAUUUUUCUCAACUGAACAGAAAAAUUUCCAAAAAUGAAUAAUAAAUCAGAAUUUUAAUCUUUAUUGGCCACAUUGGACCACUGCCUAGUUAAAAUCCAUAAAAUUCUCUAUACACUGGUAAAGAAAAUAGUCAUCUGAUAAUAACUUCCAAUUUUUUUUUAUUCUAAUUUUUCAUUACACAGAAAAAGUGGGUAAAAUAAGGAUCUUCAAGGAAUUCUUGUACAUCCCUUUAAUAAUCUGGCGGGCAACACAGUCCUAGAAUUCAGGCUUCCUUUUUGCUUUCAUUACUAUUAAAUAGAUACUUUCAUUUAAGUAGAAACAUUUUAUUUUCCCUCAAAACGCAAUUCAAAAUAUACUCCUUAUAUUAAGGACUAUGUAGCCACUUUUUUUGUAAAUUCCCUGUGUGUAUCUUUUUUCCUGUUGGUACGUGAUUACUUAUUUAAUUUUAUUAUCUGCUGGUUUGGGGGGGCCAAUAGACUUGUGAAUAUUCUGUGGAUGUGUCCAUGUAUAGCUGUAUAUAUAUAACUCUAUAUAUUUUUUCCAGCUAUUACCUCAAAUGUGUGAUUGUUUAAUGUAUACGACACGUUUGCACAGAGCAGGGCUUCCAUUAUCAGUGGAUAUUCUUAUUGCUGACUUUGAAAAUCACACCACAGAAUUUCAUUGACGUGAAUUCUUUCUGUGAUAUUUUUCAUAUUUUAAAACAUUCCUAUUAUAAGGCCCAUACUUCAAAUAUAAUUGUACCUCUCUAUAUUUAGCAAUCUGGAAAUAUGUAUGGGUAAGAAGUGUUUAUUGAAAUGUCUUAGUUUAGUAUGUUACCAUUGAAAAUUGGGAUUACUGGUUGCCAGGCUGUCUAGAAACUGCAUAGCUGAUGAUAGACAACUGGCAUGAAUGUGACAAGGUUCAUUCACUUAAGCACCGGAAUCGGUACAGUCCACUCUGAUAUCCUGUUUUGCUAUUUAAGAACACCACUAAAAUAAUAUGGAUUUUUCAGUGACAUUGGGUAUUUUAAGCAUCAAUUUCAAAAUGAAUUCUUUUGGAGUUGGAUGACUAUGCCAAUAAGAAGAAAGGAACUCACACAUGAAUAUUUUGUAAUUUAUUUGUAUUAAGAAAUGCUUCUUACCUUUUUUUUUUUUUUGGAUUGCUACAUAAGAAUUUCUUUCCAUUUAGAGUUUAAAUCAUGUUUUUAAAAGCUACAGAUAAUUUUCAAGGUGUGAUGGAAUUUUAAUGGAAGCCUUGUAUAAAAAGUUAAAUGAAGUGAAACUGGUAAAGGACAUCUUAACUUUAUUUGUUUCUAGUGCAUUCAAGAUUAUAUAAUUAGAUUUAAAAAUGAAAUGUCUGAUUUGUAAAAUAUUUAAUGUUAUAUCAGACUUAUAUAAAAUAAAAUUUUCUGUGUGAGAACUCUGUUAAAGAAAAUGAUUUCGAUUUUUAAUGAAUGUUCUGCUGAAUGAUAUAUGAUGAAUUUUUGUCUUUCAGCCUCUGCAGUUUAUCUUAAAUAUGAAUAAAAAGGUCUGUUCUCACUGUAAA